ACUGCCAGGAUGAAAACUUACCAUUGCUUCUGGCUCCUCAUCUGGAUUGGUCACCCCCAUCAAAGCUCCUCCACUCCGUUAUCCAAAAGGACUAAUGGCUUUCCAGAAAAUUCAAAGGUGCUGGAUCUAUCUAGAAACAACGGGAAAGAGCUCAGUCGUUCCAAAAGAAGCUGGAUGUGGAAUCAAUUCUUCCUCUUAGAGGAGUACACAGGGACUGACUAUCAGUAUGUUGGCAAGCUUCAUUCUGACCAAGACAAAGGAGACGGUUCACUUAAGUACAUCCUUUCUGGAGAUGGUGCAGGAGACCUCUUCGUUAUCAAUGAAAACACAGGAGAUAUUCAGGCCACAAGGAGAUUGGACAGGGAAGAGAAACCUGUUUACAUUCUCCGUGCACAGGCUAUCAACAAAAGGACCGGAAGACCAGUGGAGCCAGAGUCAGAAUUCAUCAUUAAAAUUCAUGACAUUAAUGACAAUGAGCCACUGUUUACGAAGGAUGUUUAUAAUGCCAGUGUCCCAGAAAUGUCUGAUGUAGGUACAUUUGUCGUGCAAGUCACAGCAACGGACGCCGACGACCCCACAUAUGGGAACAGUGCUAGAGUUGUCUACAGCAUUCUCCAGGGGCAGCCAUACUUUUCUGUCGAGUCGGAGACAGGCAUCAUUAAGACAGCUUUGCUGAACAUGGAUCGAGAAAACCGAGAGCAAUAUCAAGUGGUCAUCCAAGCCAAGGAUAUGGGAGGCCAGAUGGGUGGAUUGUCAGGAACCACCACUGUGAACAUCACGCUGACCGAUGUCAAUGAUAACACACCUCGCUUCCCCCAAAGUGCUUACCAGUUCAAAGUUGCAGAGUCUGCGCCACCAGACACACCGAUCGGCAGGAUCAAAGCAACAGAUGCUGAUGUGGGUGAAAAUGCAGAGAUGAAAUACAGCAUCACUGAAGGGGAUGGUUUGGAAAUGUUUGGCGUAAUCACUGACAAGGAAACGCAAGAAGGCAUCCUGACAGUCAAAAAGCCACUGGAUUUUGAAAAGAAAAGACAGUUUACCCUGAAAGUGGAGGCUGCCAACCCUCACGUGGAUCCGAGAUUCGUCUAUCUUGGGCCGUUCAAAGACGCCACUACAGUCAGGGUUCUGGUGGAGGAUGUCGACGAGCCUCCAGUGUUCAGCAGACCAGCAUACAUACUUGAAGUUAAAGAAGACGUCCAGAUAAACACUGUCAUAGGAACCCUCACGGCCCGGGACCCAGAUGUUGCCAAGAACCCUAUCAAGUAUUCUGUGGAUCGCCAUACUGAUAUGGAUAGAAUAUUCAACAUUGAUUCUGGAAAUGGUUCAAUAUUUACUUCCAAGCCUCUUGACCGGGAAACACUAUUGUGGCACAACAUUACCGUAAUAGCUUCUGAAAUCAACAAUCCAAAGGAAAGCAGUCGUGUUCCGGUAUAUAUUAAAGUCCUGGAUGUGAAUGACAAUGCACCAGAAUUUGCCAUGUUUUACGAGACCUCCGUCUGUGAAAACGCAAAGGCCGAACAGCUUAUACAGACCCUAAGUGCAAUUGACAAGGAUGACUCUUUCAGUGGACACAAAUUUUCGUUCUCUUUGGCACCUGAAGUAGCCGGUAGCUCCAAUUUCACCAUUCAAGACAACAGAGAUAACACAGCAGGGAUCUACACCAGGAAAAUCAGAUACAAUAGACACGAAAUGAGUACAUACCUCCUGCCUGUGGUAAUAUCAGACAACGACUACCCAAUUCAGAGCAGUACGGAGACGGUGACCAUUCGAGUGUGUGCCUGUGACCAGCGAGGCAAAUUGCUGUCUUGUAAUGCUGAAGCGCUGAUCCACCCGACCGGCCUUAGCACGGGAGCCCUGAUCGCAAUUCUCCUCUGCAUCAUUAUUUUGCUAGUUACAGUGGUGCUGUUUGCGGCGCUGAGGCGGCAACGGAAGAAGGAGCCUUUGAUCAUUUCCAAAGAAGACAUACGAGACAACAUCGUCAGCUACAACGACGAAGGUGGUGGAGAAGAAGACACUCAAGCGUUUGACAUCAGCACACUACGGAACCCUGAAGCCAUAGAAGACAAUAAAUUGCGCCGAGACAUUGUGCCAGAGGCGCUUUUUGUGCCACGCCGGACUCCAGUGGUACGAGAUAACACGGAUGUCAGAGAUUUCAUUAGCCAGAGGUUAAAGGAAAACGACACGGAUCCCACAGCGCCCCCGUAUGACUCGUUAGCAACUUAUGCGUACGAAGGCAACGGCUCUGUGGCCGAGUCCCUCAGCUCCUUGGAGUCAGUGACAACGGAUGGCGAUCAGGACUACGAUUACCUCAGUGACUGGGGACCUCGGUUUAAAAAGCUGGCCGAUAUGUACGGCGGAGCAGACAGCGAUAAAGACUCUUAAUAUGUUGCCUUUUUCGUUUCCAAGAAACAGCAUUGAAAUGUGUGACGUUGCUAUUUCUUUCUAUUUAUCCACAGUUCUUUGAAAGGGUUCUCUAU